AUGGGAAGAACCUUGAAAUUCAGAGUGCCAAAGCAGGUGCUAAGGCGUCCCCAGGCGCUCGUCACGUCUGAUAGAGCAGCAACGCUACCGUUGUUGUUUGAUAUUCGGAAGGAGACGAACCUUUAUGAGCCAGAGACGCCGCCGCCCGGGGUGUUUAGGGUGUUGGAGAAGUUUGGCAGACCUUCAACUUCCCUACUACACAUCCCUCGAAACCUACAACCUGACCCAUUUACCUACUUUUGCACAGAAAAUCUGGCUGACGAGUCAUAUGUCACGGAACCUCGACUACUGGUUACAAAGCUCUUGACAGAUGCCUGGUGUGAGCUUCAAUUGUUCUACGAUGUGUACGCUGGGCUGCACCGGAAGCAAUUGACAGGCCGUUUGGCAGAGGGUAUAUCAUACCACGAUAAGCUAGAAAGCGAAGAGCAUGAAGUUGCCGAUAUGUCAGCUACAGUGGAAAAGUUGGGUGAAGUGGCAGCUUCCCAUACCAAGGAAGACGCGUUAUACUUGGGCAGAAACGAACUGCUGGCGGCCUGGUGCAAGAACAUGGCAGAACACGCUAUUAAGCGAGGCAUAUCCUUGGCCCAUACACGGCAUUCCCGAGAGCUAAUGGUCCACGGGUACAUUGACUUGGAGACAGGUAAGUUGAUCGAAAAGACAGAGGAUCUACAUAAGGGCGUGUUGGUGAAUGGAAUAGCCGACAUUGUUCAGUUUGAGCCUAAAGACAAAGCAACGGAUCUCCCAGAAGUGGCGUCUGAUACGACAGAGGCACCUGAGCUUCGAUCGAUUACGUUAGCUUCACCAGUGUUGGACUUGAAGCGUGAAAUUCCAGAAGCAAAGAGGGAACUACAACGAGACAUUGACCAGAAGAUGCUUCAAAUUAUAGACGUUAAAACGAGAGGAGUGAAGAGUCUUCCAAAACCCGUUCUGCAACUCAAAGCAGCAAAAAUUCAAUGCAUGUACUAUACUAGGUUCAUUCAUAACUUGGCGAAAGACGUGGAUUUUGCAUACGCUAGUUACCAAGAGAACGCCAAACGUCGAAACAUCGACGCUGACUCUGAUAUUGGAGAAGCUCACGCGGCAAUUCUACUUCUAGAGAAUUUUGAAGCUCUUGCAUUAGACUUUAUCCGAUUAGCCAAAGGUGAGACAAUUGGCUUUGAAAGCCACGAUGCCGUCAUGAAAGAGAAGUAUAGGGAAGUCGAUGCAGAGAAGGUCAAUUACAGUUUCUCCCGAUUCAUCCCUGAAGAAGAGUUCAAAGACCUUUUAGCGAAAGUUUACGGAGACAAGCUUGCAAGUUCAUCGGUGGAUAUCUCAGCACUUUUCAAGCCAUGGCGGUAUCCCCUAACGCCACGAUACUUCAUGGCACGAGCAGCUCAAAUCUUAAAUACCCUUGAACGGUACAGAUCAGCUACAGUGGGUGUGGACUACCACCACGCCAAGUCGUCGACGUUCAUCGGGUCUAAAGUGUACCCGUACAGCGUGAAGGAGCACAACAAGGCCAUGCGAGAUGCAGCCAACUUCUGGACCGGGAAAAGACUACCCAGGGAAGCGGAUCUCAAGUUCAAGUGCCAAAACUGCGAGUUCAAGAGUCGGUGUCCGGCGGUGAACAAACCAUCAAAAGAAUCGAUUGGCGCAUUGAUAUACCAUGAUCUACUAGAUUAA